GUAGCUGCCGUUUCAUCAGAGUCGGAGGCAAGGGUCACUACAGUACAGCACAAUGGCUCGGAUUUUCAAUAAUUUGGCUAAACUUGGCGUUGGUCUUGCAGUAACUGGUGGAGUUUUACAGUCUGCCCUCUAUAAUGUUGAUGGUGGUCAGAGAGCAGUAAUCUUUGACAGAUUCAGGGGAGUGCAAGAUGAAGUUGUUGGAGAAGGCACUCAUUUCCUCAUUCCUUGGGCGCAGAAACCAAUUAUUUAUGACAUCCGCAGUAAGCCCAGAAAUGUUCCUGUCGUCACUGGUAGCAAAGACUUGCAGAACGUCAACAUCACCCUAAGGAUAUUGUUUAGGCCACAAGUACCAGCUCUGCCCAAAAUCUUCACCAACCUCGGAAUAGAUUACGAUGAGAGAGUGUUGCCAUCCAUCACUCAGGAAGUGCUGAAAGCUGUUGUUGCUCAGUUUGAUGCCAGUGACCUGAUCACUCAGAGAGAAAUCGUCUCCACCAAGGUCAGUGAAGAGCUGACGGAAAGAGCAUUGCAGUUUGGCAUUGUGCUCGACGACAUCUCAUUGACUCACUUGACCUUCGGCCGAGAAUUUACAGAUGCUGUAGAGGCUAAACAGGUGGCCCAGCAGGAAGCAGAGAGGGCCAGAUAUAUUGUGGAGAAGGCUGAGCAACAAAAGAAGGCCGCUGUCAUCUCUGCUGAGGGUGACUCCAAAGCCGCUGAGCUCCUGGCCAAGGCGUUUGGUGCUGCCGGGGAGGGUCUGGUAGAGCUGAGGAAGCUGGAGGCUGCUGAAGACAUCGCAUACCAAAUGUCGCGGUCGAGAAAUGUGGCAUACCUCCCACAGGGCCAACAGACACUGCUUUCCUUACCGCAGUGAAAAGUUUUUGCUGUUGGGCGAUGACGGAACAUUCUGUGGUUUGCUGUAAAUGAAAGAAGGAUGAUUUUGUUUUCUCUUUUUCACUGACAUUUUUCACACUAAUAUUUAUAUGUGUAUUACUUGCUUGUGGGUUUUGCAGCUUUGGUUGGUAAAUCUCCUUUGUAUGUUAUAAAACAUCUGGGAUAUUUCUUCUGAUUAGGUUAUAAAACCCCUUGUGAAUUAUGUCUUAAACAACAUUUAACAUGGUAGUAUUGAAACUUAUGAAAAGUUUAAUGCCUUUAAGUGUCUCUUCAAGUUCAAGUUUAGAAGGCUUCCCCAGGAUGUCUGCAGAGUGAUAAAUGUCUUGUACUAUUUUGUACUGUUAAAUGACCAUGUGUGGCUCUGUUUUUUGUGAGUCCAAGAGACAGGUUCAGGGAAGAACGGAAAUCUGAUGGUUAAAUGUGCUGCAUUGUUUUUGUGAAUAUCAUCAUCGUUUUGUCCUUCAUCAAUCUGCUGAGGAAUUCUUUUGCUUACUAUUGCUACUGUCAUGAUUGAUGCUCUCAGUUAGACAGAGAAGUGUGAAAGGAAUUUGACAAACAUCCUUAUGUCUAUAAUGGAUGUUGAUAGUUGCCCAGAUUUUCAGUGUUGUUUUUGGUGAUUUGGACAUCACUUUGGGUCAAGUGAGUCGACCAUUUUACAUGUUAUAUAUGUCCAGUCCAAAAGACUUUGUCCACAUUGGCAUAGAGACUGUUGGAGCAAGCUAGUAAUCAUCUUUUGUAGUGAUAAAUAAAAUGUUUGGUGAAUAAAACUCGCUGAUAUUCAGAUUUACAAA